ACUACUAGUCCAGACUAUACGGACGCAAAAUGCGUCGCGCUGUUUUUGCGUCAACGCCCCGCUGGCCAGACUAUACAAGCGCAGAAACCGCCACGUUGCUUCCCAGAUCACUUUAUUCCAAGUUGCCAAUAUGGAUGCAGUGCAGAUCGGUGCUGUAGGGUUUCAGUGUCUACUAGAGAUGUAUUUGGAAAAGACCAAAAGGCAGGAUAGACGUUGGGGUACCCAUCCCGUUCUAAGCAGCAGAUUGACAACAGGUGCGUUUCAUUUGAUGUUUGAGAAGCACAGACAAUAUGAAGACAAAUUUUACCAAUAUUACAGGAUGUCUGUUAGCUCAUUUGAUGAACUUUUACAUCUUGUCAGUGACGGUCUGAUGAAGAAAGAUACCAACAUGAAAAGGAGUAUUGAGCCAGCUGAAAGACUUGCUAUAACCAUCAGGUAUUUGGGCUGUGGAAUGAACUUCAGUGACCUUGAAUUCGAAUAUCAAGUAUCAAGAAAAACAAUACGUCUCGUUGUUGAGGAGACCUGUGAAACAAUUUCGGGAAAACUGCAGUCAACUGAAAUGCCAAUCCCUACAAGUGAUGAAUGGCUUUUGAAGGCAACGGAAUAUGAGAAGUUAACCAACUUCCCAAAUUGUGUUGGUGCCAUUGACGGCAAACACGUGCGGAUACAAUGUCCACCAAGUUCAGGUUCACUAUACUACAACUUCAGGAAGUAUUUUUCACUUGUAUUGUUUGCAGUCAGCGACGCACAGUGCAACUUCACUGCAAUAGAUGUUGGUGCAUAUGGCCGGGAGGGCGAUUCCACAAUCUUCAAAAACUCAAACUUUUACAAAAGACUGAAUGCCGGCCAACUGAACCUCCCAACAGAGAAACCGCUUUCACCAGAAGGCCCCACAGUACCUUUCGUAUUUCUUGGCGAUGAAGCUUUUGGUUUAACUACACGUGUGAUGCGCCCUUACCCACAGAAGAAACUCACAAAAGAGAGAAGUGUAUAUAACUAUAGGCACUGCAGAGCCAGACGUACAGUUGAAUGCGCAUUUGGAAUUAUGAGCAACAAAUGGCGAGUAAUGCAUUCCUGUAUCCUGGUGAACCCGAUCUUUGCAACGAAAAUCAUUCAGUCUUGCUGUGUAUUGCAUAAUUAUGUAAAAAGGCGGGAUGGUUACAUUUUUGAAGAAUCGCUUACAUGUGACAUGGAUUGCUUGGUCGGAGCAGCAGUAGGAAGUGGUCGUAGUAACGGACUUGUAGUAAGGGACUUGUUCUUGUGUAUUUCAAUGGACCAGGAGCCUUAA